UUCUGGCCACCUGAUGAAUGAAAGAGUGGGUGAGGAGAGCAGUCACCAAAGGAUGAAAUCAGUACCUGAGAAGAAGCACAACCGGUGACUCAGCCAAGCUCAGCUGUGGUGGUUUCUACUCUAACUCAGCGUCACCCAGGAUCCAUCUGGCUCCGGGGACCUAUGAAGGUGGUGUAGGAAGUAGCUGCUGAUGGCGGCAGAACCGAGGUGUCACUCCCUGCCUGGGUGCUCUGCCAUGCCAAAUCUGUCCAUCUGUCAUGCAUACAGGCCCAUCAAUCAAACAUCUGAAUGCAGGUCUGUGGCAACUUGCACUCUCCAAAAUAGUGCUUUGAGUCCGUUAGCAUCAACCUGAUUGUGAACUGUGUUAUUCAUCUCCAUGGCUGCAGCAGGAGGCAAGGGAGCCCCAUCUGCUGCCCAUGGGGGGAUAAGAAGAAGGAUUAAUGGCACACAGCUUCUCCAAACGGCAUCCCACUUGGGUCUGACUUAGAAAAGACGGUCUUGACACUAUCAGCCUGCUGCUUCCAGCAGUGAGGGUGGAGAGAAGUGGUGCUGAGGUGCGGACGGGGGGGGGGUCCUCAGCGCAGAGAACUCAGUGCUCAGUGAACGAGCGGCGAGCGGGAGCGCGCGUAUUGGAAGGAAGGGAAGGAAGGAGCUGAGGCAGAUCAGUCGCCAGCGGAGCCCCAGACAGCGGAUGAACGGAGCCGAGCGUGUGUGUCGCCCUUGUCGUUUUUUACAGCAGCUGAAAGCAGCGUCCGGCGGCCCGAAACCUGCCCGAAAAUGAUGCUCAAACUCGUCCAUCUCCUCGGGGUGCUCGUCUGCGGCAGUCAAGCAGCACUACAAGUGUCCAUAUCCUUGAACAAAGUGGAGUUAAGUGUCGGAGAGUCCAAGUUCUUCAUCUGCACAGAACGACUGCAGGAUGUGCAUCUUUCAGGCAGACUCACUUCAUGCAGAGAUGUCAAGUUAAUGUCAGUCAUGGGCAAUUUGUUACUUUCACAAAUAAUCUUGGGACUGGAAGCUAUUGGCGAGCCAGUGAGGCUGGAGUGGUACAACCCCCAGGGUGAGCGCAUCAUGCCUUCCAAGCGGAUGGCGCUCCACACGGAGACGUCACGAUCCAGGCUCAUCAUUUACAACGCCAUCAUCGAGGACGCGGGUAUCUACCGCUGCCAGGCCACCGACGCCAGCGGUCACACCGAGGAGGCCUCGGUCGUGCUGGAGAUCUACCAGAGGCUGACGUUUCGGGAUGUUCAGUCACCGCAGGAGUUCCGCCACGGUGAGACGGCGGAGGUGGUCUGUGAUGUCAUUAGCUCUCCGGUGCCCGUGGUGGUGUGGUACUACCAGGACAAAGAGAUCACCGAGGAGCACCACAGCAGGUUCCAGGUGCUGGCAAACAACAAUCUCCAGAUCCAACAGGUGACCAAGGCUGACGAGGGCGUGUACCGCUGCGAGGCCAGCGUAGAGGCCCGUGGCGAGAUCGAUUUUGUGGAUAUCGCAAUGGUAGUCAACGUCCCUCCGGUGUUGUCAGUGUUCCAGCAGUCCUUCAAUGCCACAGCUGACUACCAGGAAUCAGUCACUUUUACAUGCAUGACCUCUGGAUCUCCUGACCCUGUGGUGACAUGGCACAGGAAAGGGCAGCAGCUGGAGCCAUCCGAGCAGUACAUUAUCACCAGGCUGGAAGGCGGGCGGAGCAUGUUAACCAUCCGCAACAUCCGCCAGGGUGACGGGGGCACCUACACCUGCAAGGCCACCAACAAGGCAGGGUCUCAGGAAAGGGAGAUUUUCCUCAAAGUCUUUGUUCAGCCCCACAUAACCCAGCUGAAGAACGUGACGGCUGUAGAGGGCAGCGCCGCCAUGAUCUCCUGUGUGGCCGAGGGCGAGCCUCUGCCCGACAUUUCCUGGAGGAGAGCCAGCGACGGCCAGACCUUCGUGGACGGAGACAAGAGUCAGGACGGACGCUUCGAAGUCCGCGGUCGUCACGGAAAAUCGGUGUUGACCAUCAGCGGUGUGAGGCUCACAGAUUUGGGCCGAUUUGACUGCGAAGCGCUGAGCAGGAUCGGUGGUCAUCAGAAGAGCAUGUUCCUGGAUAUUGAGUAUAUACCAAAGUUCCUGACCAACCACACCAUCUAUUACUCGUGGGAGGGCAACCCAGUGAACAUAAGCUGUGAUGUGAUGUCCAACCCUCCUGCCACCAUGCUGUGGAGGCGAGAGCGCUUCACCAUCUCCGCGGAGGGAACUGCCAACACGAGGGUACACAGUGCAGACGGAAAGUCUGUGCUGGAGGUGACUCCUAUGUCCGACAGGGACUUUGGCCGCUACAACUGCACAGCCAGGAACAACAUCGGAGUUCGAUACCAGGAGUUCAUUCUGGCCCAGGCAGACGUACCAUCAAAUCCGUACUCGGUGCGUCUCUCAGCUGUUUCCCAGCGCUUAGCAACCGUCACCUUCAUGAAGCCCGACUCGCAUGGUGGCGUACCCAUCAGCUACUACCUGGUCCAGUACAAGGAGGUGGGCUCACAGGACUGGAGGGACGUCAAGUCGCACAGCAUCCAGACGACAGUGGUGCUGACGGGCCUGGAGCCCAACACCACGUACGAGGUUCGAGUGGCAGCCGUCAACGGAAAGGGUCAGGGAGAGUUCAGCCACACGGAGACCUUCCAGACUUUACCCAUCCGAGAGCCGAGUCCGCCGGCGGUCCAUGGGCAGAGGGGGAUGGGCAAGGCCUACAGACUGGGGCUGGUCAAGCAGGACGAUGGAGGGAUGCCCAUCGUGGAGUAUAUAGUCAAGUACAAGACUGAUAAAGAGGAACAGUGGAUGACCAAGCUAGUCCCAGGAGCGAAUGACUUUGCGAUGCUGCAGCCGCUGCAGUGGAACACAAGAUAUGAAGUGGAAAUCACAGCGCGCAACGUCAAGGGCCUGUCGGAGCCCACCUUCUAUCAGUUCUUCAUGCCACAGAAACCUGACAUUACAGCAGAAUCCCUGUUCAGCGGCAUGGGGCUGGGGACGGUGGUGGGCCUGGGCCUGGGAGCGCUGCUGCUGCUCCUCGUACUGGUGGACGUCAGCUGCUUCUUCCUGCGUCACUGCGGCCUGCUGAUGUGCAUCACGCGCACGCUGUGCAGCAAGAAAACAGCCACCAGCGGCAAGGGCAAAGAAAUAGAAGAGGGCAAGGCCGCCUACCUGAAACUACCGCUGAAGGAAGAAAAUGGAAAAGAGUCUCUCAAGCCGGAUACAAUUGAAAUCAAAGUGCACAGUGACAACAGCAUCCACACAAAGCCCGACGACAGCAAAGCGUAAAACGGGUCGGUCCCCUUCCCCACCAAAAGAACAUUCGGAUCACGAGACCAAAACCCAGAGAAACUACAACACUGGAAAAUAGUGGAGUAAAAUACCAUAUCUGUUUAUAACAAUGCCCCAGUGACAGGCAUGUGUAAAUACAAAUAAUAAAGAGAAAAUAGAAAGAGAGAAAGGGUCAACCUUUUAGACACCCUGAGCGAUAAAUGUAUCAUGUUCUUAAAAAAAACAUGGCAUCAGUGGAAGGCUGUUGUUGAUCAAUGAUUGUUUUUCUGUUCAUAACUGACACUUUCUUGAGCAUUUGUUUGUUUUACAGCCCACAUCAGACUUUCAAGCAGUAAAAUGGUGUUAGACAAGCCCCCACUAUGACUCCUUACACCAAGAUGGUAUGCUAGUGUGCCCCCUUCGCUCACACCACUAAUGCACUUGCUUUUUUUUUUUUUUUUGAGCGAAUGCAUGGGCCGACCCUCACUGCGGGAUAUCACAAUUAUUUAAACCCAGUCUGCCGUUUCCAUGCCUGAGUGUUUCACUACAGCAACCUUUUUAUGCCUUUUAAUAGCCGAGCUAGGUGCCUGGCUAAUGUUAGGCAAAUGCUGAGGCAUUGUGUUAAAGGCCAGAUGACUUCAGUGACAAAAGGUCUUAAUGAGAUGUUGAGUUUUCAUAGCUUCAGGAAAAACGCGACAGUUCUUAUGGGAGGCAUUCGUUCCCGGUAACAUUUCAAGGGUGAAAAAUUGUAUCAAAUGGGGCCAGGUCAUUAAUUACUAAGGAAUUUGGACUUGAUAUUUAAUGAAUAAUGCUUACUGAAGGGCUAUUGUGGAGUUUUUGUUGCAAGAAAACUAAAAAUGACAACAAGAAAGUUGCAGUCUGCGAGGUAUACAGCAUAAUGCGCAUCGAUGCCAUUGUUAGCAAAACCUUUUAUAUUAACACUGAACAUUGUUGAUGCUCUCGGACGGUCUCGUUCUCCAACAGUUUGUGCAUAAGUAGGUUUUAUUCAUCUGUUGGCAAGCUGCAUUUACAGUUCAGUAUACUGUACCUGUGGCAGAGGUUAACUGCACUGCAAGCUGAUGUGCGCUUUGGUAUGCAGCUUGAGAAAGGCCACAAAUGCCCUGAUUGGUGUCACGUAAUUGUUGCGAUGUGAAUGGUAGGACUCAAGGCAUGGGAACAAACGAGUUUCUGACGAGAAAUAAAUCAACAUGAGUGUCGUGUGGUUUUUGAUUAUAAUCGUUUAUUUCUUCAUUCAUUUCUGCCUCAGAUGCAUUUUUUGUUUCCUGGUCUGAUCGCUAUUCUCUCUGAUGUUGUCAUGUGUUGUACAUAGGUGGAAAAAAAAAAGAAUAUUUUACAGAGCUUUUAUGUAAAUAUACCCCAAAGGAUGUCUUUUUUCAAAAUGCAACAGGCUUGGCUUUUUUUGUGAACGCUCCUCAGAUGAAAAGCUGUUUUUCCUUUUCAUUUUUUCUUCCUCUGUUGUGUUUUGGUCCAAAGUUCAGUGAUGGUGUAAUAUUGCUUUUUCUAGUCAUUUGCUUUCCCUUAAGAAAAUCCAUGCCCUAAGGCUAUUUCAUGGUAUUUCAAUGGAGACAGUAAUUACGGCAUUAGUGUGCCUUCUCUUCUUUUUUUUUUUCUCCCCCCUUGUGGCCAAAUGCAGCUGCAGCAGUCUAGAUCUUCAAAAUGAAUUUUGAUCAUUCUGCUUUUCGCCACAGAAUGUGUCAGAAGAUUGAAUUUUAUUGUGGUGCUGUGAACUCUGGGAAAUGUAGUUUAAGAAUCGUGGAUUGUAGUCGACAACACUGGACAGAAACAGACGUGUAUAACUACCAUGUGCGACUAGAUGUCAGGUUGCUGCUGUAACUCUGGAGUAAAAAGCACAGUGAUGCGUGCGUGCGUGCGUGCGUGCGUAAGUGCGUGCGUGCGUGCGUAAGUGCGUGCGUGCGUGCGCAUGCAUGCACAUCUGCACGCAUCACUGUGCUUGGUGCAUCAUGCAUCAGUGAGUGAGUGAAUACACUUGUCUACAUGAAUCAGGUUGCAUGUAUGUCUGUUGAAUGUAUCUGCAAGUACUGUAAGUAAAUCUGUGUAUGUUUGAGUGUGUGUGCCCAGUAAGAGUUUUUCACAAUAAGAGUCUCCCAAUAUUAAAUAAUAAACCUAAAUUUAAAGAGUAUAUCUAUCUUACUAUUCUGGCAUUAAUUUUGUUAUAAUAUUAAUUAAUUAAUUAAUUAUAUUUUAAAAAAUAUAUAUAAAAAUUAGUAAUAUUUUGUUAAUUUAUCUAUUUAUAUUGGAGGAAAAAAAUGUAUUCUAGAGUACACUUUUCAGUUCCAUGAUGCAUCGGGCAGCUCUGCAAGUCAUAUACAGUAGGCUGUGAUGACCACGUGCCAGGUAUGAAUGUCCGAGUGCUGGGAGUGUUCCUCUUUGAGUUGGCGAGAGCUCUCCCAUGGAGUUUCAGAGUGCGCUCUGAUAGGUAAAACCUGAUUAUGUAGUUCUCGACAGUGAUUAAUUCUCCAGGCUGCAGCACUCCACGCAUGUGUCUGCGAGUCCCCAACCACCCACCCCCCCCACCCCUACCCCACCCCGCCCCGCCACCACCCCCUCAGCCACUAUUCCCUCUCAGACUCCAUUUGUUUUUUUUAUCUCAGACCUCAUAGCACUGGCUUUGUUUUCCUCCCAGAGAGCCCUUGUACCUGCAUAUCUCAAAUGGAUGGUCCUGCCAUGGAGUGGUUCCGCUGCCUGUUACGAUGACUGUAAAUAUGGGAGCACAGUGCCUGGAGGCUAUACGAUUUGUACAUGUUCUUUUGUAUUUGAAUAUGACUCUAAAUACCGAUCCACCCCUACCUUCUUAUCCUCUCCUUCCCCUUCCCCCUCCUCUUGUCCUUUCCUCUGUCUCCUCCACCUUCGCCUUGGUCCUUUUUCUGUAGGGGGUAAAACAGGUGUGUUUGAGCUCAGUGUACAGUGUGUGUCCUCUUUGUCCCCUGCUCCCACCCGUGUCCCCUUGGACUGUCCCUGCUGAGUGUGCUUUGUGCAGGAGGUGGGAACUAUUGAUGUCUCUCUGUACGUACCUGUGGAACACUUGUGACUCCUGUCAUUUGCCGCUGUAAAUAAACAUGUCCUGGUAGAAGAGAGUGA